CGAAGAAAAGUGAGGUGCGCAGGGUGUGUCGGGAAAAGGCGGUGCUUAUAUAGGCCGGGAGUUUCGAGUGCGCGCGUGUUGUUCGGCAGGCUGGUUCUGUUUAUAAUUCUUCAGGAGCAGCUGUGUUUCUUGAUCUUGGAUCAACUGAGGAGAUCUUGUGGUUUCUGUUUGCUCCCCUUUAAGAACUGGAAGUGAAAAAUGGAAGCAUCUAGAACCUCCUUGAGGGAUGGUGUCUUAUCCCAUCUGGAAAACCUGGAGGCUUGUAGCCACCAAUUGGCUCUGAAACAAGAGGAAGAGGAGCAGCAGGAGGAGAAUGUGGCUAGGCUGAAAGCAAGAAUCCAGGAGCUGAAGCACCAGAGAGACAAAAUGAAGGCAAAGCUGAAUCUCAUCAGGGGCAAAGAUGGUACCCAAAGUGCUACUCAAACUCCCCAGGCCAGCAACCAAGCCGCCCUGGAAUUGAGGGUGCAGAAUCUCAAGAAUCUCCUGAAGAUGUUUCGUCUGACAGGCAUCAGUGGGAAAUUGACCAGAGAAGGAGUCUGCCUGUGCAUUGGCACCGCCUUUGAAGGCACUUACCUGGACUCCUAUUACCUGCAUCUGCGCAUACAGCAUCCCAUCCAGAUCCAGCGCCACACAGUCCCAGCCUUCAUCCAUUUGAAACAAAUAGCUGAUGAAUAUUUACAGACAGAUGUCAAGCGCUUCUUCUCUGUACUCUCUGAUCACUUGAAUGCUUACGCUGGGAGGAAGUUCCAGGCAGAGCAGUUACAGGAGCACUUUGCAGCUCUCCUUGCAGGGCCCUUGCAGGCGAACUCUUUGUACAGUCUGGUGGAGUUCAGUUACAGAGUGGAAGCAGGAGGCAAGACUUUCCCCUUCUUAGCCAGACUGACAUAUGAAGACCCAACGUGUAUCCUCCCGACAGAGGCCAGCGUGGCAUGGAAAGAAGAUGCUGUGGCUUCGGGGGCAGAGAUGGUAGCCAGUCACAAAGCCUUAUUCUGCGAGAAGCCCCUUCACAAAGUCUUCAGAUCCUUCACAGACUCAACAGAAAACCUGAGUCAAGCAGUGGCGCCAGAGCCGUCCACUUCCACGGCAGGUGUGCCUUUGCACUGCGGCAAGGCUGCUGCUUGGUAGUUCUCUAGACCGAGAGCAUCUAGAGCUCGGGCAGGCAGGUCUUCCUUGCCAGAAGACCUUUCUGCUGUAUGUGUUACUGACAGGCUUGUCUUUUCUUUGGCUGAGGCCAUUGCAGGAAGGCUCAGUAAUCUAUUUCCUUCAUAAACAAGUUUGUGCUUUCCAAACAAGGAGUAGUGAGACCUAAUUUUCAGAGCUCAAGCUGUGUCUCCAUUCAAAUAAGGGUGUGGCUAGUCUAGCAGCUAGUUCCCAUUUGGAGCGACUCUUGAUAACUUCAGGAACUUCAGCUGUGCCUGCAGCCUUCCUGGUACACCUUCAGCUCUUGCUGGCUAAAAUUCCUCCAAUGAAACCAAAACCAAUGAAACCAAAAUGUGCUAACACAGGAGUGUUAGCUCUUCCAGCUGUUGAGGCUGUUCCCAUGGGUUUGUGCUUGCAACUGUACGGUUAGGGACAGGUGGGAAGUCUCUUGAACUUCGGAUGUCCCACCAAGCAGUCAGCCUCCAUGCUUCUCCCUGAGGAACUAAGGGUGGGCAGAAACUUGCCUCUGAGUGGGUUACUGAAAAGCGAGCUGACAGCCAGCUAGUGACCGAGCUGCUUUUACACUGGCAGUUUUGGAGAUCAUGAAGCAUUUGCUUUUAAUUUUUUAAUCAAAACAUUUCAGCUGAUUUGCAAAUCAUAACUAUAGUCAAGAAUAGAUUGUUCACUUCUGGGUAGGAAGGCUUAACGUGGAGAAAAGGCUUUAACUUUGUGCUAUUGAUUUUUGUAUUGGAAGGGUUCUUAUUCACACUGAUGAAAGUACAGCAUUUAUUACUACAAAAAUAAAGCUCAAAUAUUUACCUGUU